UUCACCCCGUCUAAUGUCUAAAUGUUUUUUUCCUUUUCACUCCAUUUUAUUACAUUUUACUAUUGGUCUCUUUCAUGGCGUCCGGUUACGAUUAAAGAUUCUUACGUCUGAUUGAGCCCCAGAACCACCGACACGUCCGCCUACAUUUAUCGUUAACGAUAUAAUUCCAUAGCCGGGCGGUGAAUUUUCACAGAUAAUCGGCAUUGAUGGUAAUGCAUGCGAGGAAACUUCAAAGGAUUAGUGAUGGGUAUUAUGACAAGAACCCGUCCCAUCAGUAUCAGAAUUCCAAAUAUUUAGUUUCAAAAAAUUCUAGCAGUGAUCAAAAGUAUGGCAGUGUUAGGGGAAAUGGUACCUCGUAUCCAAGUCCUAGCCGAGGAAGUCCAUCGCGAGAUCGAUCAUACUCUAGCAAAAGUUCAUAUCAUUCUCAAAAAAGUCACAGAGAUAAGGAGAGAGAUUCUCGAGACUAUAAAUCUAGGAAUAGUGAUAAAUAUUCUGAUUAUAGUAGGUCACCAAAAGAUAGACGAAGUAGAGAUGAAUAUAGAACAAACCAUGAUCGGAUUAGUCCGGAAAAAAUGGUUGUUCAUUCUGUGAAGUGGUCAAAUUCUAGGGAUUCUAGAGAUUCUAGAGAAUCUGGUCAACGAAAAGUUGUUCAUAGCUCUUGUCAGAGUAGCAGCAGUAGUAGUAAUAACCGCGAAUCCAGGUCUGGCGGAAGUUCGACUGUCACUAAAGUUGGUGAUUGGUCUGAACACACAAGUUCUUCAGGCAAAAAAUACUAUUAUAAUUGUAAAACCGAAGUAUCCCAAUGGGAUCAGCCAAGAGAAUGGUUAGAAGCUUAUCCAGCGUCUCAACCUUCUCGAACACAAUACCACCAUGACAAACAUUCCAAUAACUCUAUGAUGAGAUCAUCAUCAAUGAGCAAUCAUGUGAACAAAGUUUCACAACAGUCCUCUCAACAACAAGUUAAUUCUACAAGUAGACCAACUCACCAUCAAAAAGAUGCUUAUUGGAACCAAAUGCGAAGUAAUAAUCUUCCAAUAAAUGUCUCGCAAUCUCAUCAUGUGUCUGAGUGUAAUGUAGAUAGACUUGAACAAGAUGGGCCAACAAUAAUCAAUUCCUGCGAUUCUUCGCAAACCCAAGAUAUGGAAUUGUGUAGUGGUGACAGCACUCCAACUUCGGAAAAGUCCUUCCAACUAUCAAAUGUACCUGCACAAAGGCACAGUUCUUCUACUCCUCAAUCACAAGUAAAGGGAGCUGAAGUUAACAGUGAACCGUGUGAAAGAACAAAUGUUGAUGUUGGAUCAACAACACCACCAUUAUCAAAUAUAACUCAGAAUUUAGUUGAUUCGUCAACAACCAAUAAUGUUACUGAACGAAGUCCACCCACUCCUGCGAGCACAGAAACUAAUAAUACCCAAGAAGUUAAAGGAAGUCCUGUAACAAGCCAUGCUGAACAAGUUGUCCAAGUCAACAAUGUAAUGAGUUACAGGCAGCUUGGAACAACAACGUCUCCCGUCAUGUCAAAUUUUGUACGUGAUGAUUUAACAUCACAUGUUAAAUCAUGGCCAGCUGAUAUUUUAGCAAAACAGGCACAAAAAUUAAAUGAAGAAGCCCAUAUAUUAGGAAGUGUACACUGUUCACGAGUAUCUGCAGAACUAAAAUAUGCAAGAUCUAUUGUUCGUUUGACUGAAGUGCAAGCAUCCUUACUAGAACACAAGGUGUUAUUUUUACAGCAACAAAUUAAAACUUUAGAAAAAUUAAAAUCUGAAAAUUCAUUUAUGGGUGAAGGAGAUGAAGGAAGGACAACUUAAAUAUACUAUGGCAAGUGUUUUGUUAUUUAAAUAGUUGUCAACUUUACCAUAAGUGACCGCAAACAUUUUUUUUUGUUAUGUUGAUUUUUUACAAACUUUUUAUAAUUUUGUUUCUGGGUCUCGAGACCAAAAAUAUGUUCCAAUUGUUAGGUAUUUGGUAUUCUUUAUUUAUCACUCAAGUUUUUUUUUUUAAUUAUAGCUGUCUGACUUUUAUAUUAAUUUAAAUACAGGUACUUACUAAGUACUAA